AUGAAAUGCCUGAACACUCCUGGAGAUGACGACAGCUGCAGCUCCAACAGCAAUGACUACCCCGACUAUGGAAAGAAGGUUCCUCUGGAUGGUAAACUACUUUGGCCAUUUUUUUCUGUUUCAUAUAUUUUUUGUUUCUCUUGUGUUUUCAGGAUUCUCCUGGCGUCUGUUGCCAUUUUCUCCUUGUAUUCUGUCCACCUAUUGUUAAAAACAGCCAUAGAAGGAGGUGCCAGUGUUUAUGAGGAGCUGGGUUACAAAGCCUUUGGGAUGCCAGGAAAACUUGCAGCUUCCUGCUCCAUCACCAUGCAGAACAUUGGAGUCAUGUCAACCUACCUCUUUAUUAUCAAACAUGAGCUGCCCGUUGUUAUUCAGACUUUUACUGGAGCAAAUAAUGGUGAAUGGUACAUUAAUGGAGAUUACCUUGUUCUGCUGGUUUCGGUUAUUAUAAUCCUGCCCCUCUCUCUGCUUAAGAAUUUGGGUCAUCUUGGUUACACCAGUGGUCUGUCUCUUCUCUGCAUGGUGUUCUUCCUGAUUGUUGUGAUUAUUAAGAAGUUCGAGAUACCGUGCCCUCUGCCUAUGACUGAUCAUGUGAAUGAAACCUUGCUGAACAUCACCCACCACAGCGACAACACCACCACCGAUGAUGACACUUGCAGACCUAAAUAUUUUGUCUUUAACUCACAGACUGUCUAUUCUAUUCCCAUUGUUACCUUUGCCUUUGUGUGCCACCCUACCCUCCUACCCAUGUAUGAGGAGCUCAAAGACCGCUCACGCAGAAAGAUGCAGAAUGUUGCCAACGUGUCCUUCCUGGCCAUGUUCAUCAUGUACCUGCUGGCUGCACUCUUUGGAUACCUCACCUUCAACAUCCAUGUGAAACCUGAACUGCUCCACACCUACUUCAAGUACUUCAAGCAUGAUGUCCUCCUGUUGGUGGUUCGUCUGGCUGUACUGGCUGCUGUCACACUCACAGUCCCUGUGGUGCUCUUCCCUAUUCGUACCUCCAUCAGCCACCUGCUGUUCUCAACCAAGGACUUCAGCUGGAUCCGACACAUUAUUAUCACUGUAAUCCUGCUUGCAGGAACCAACACUCUGGUCAUCUUUGUCCCCAGCAUCAGAGAUAUCUUUGGCUUCAUCGGUGCCUCUGCUGCUCCAAUGCUCAUUUUCAUCCUACCCUCAGCUUUCUAUAUCAAACUUGUCAAGAAGGAGUCAAUGAUGUCAGUGCAAAAGAUUGGGGCUACAUUGUUCCUGAUAUUAGGAUUCUUUGUCAUGUUUGGCUGCAUCACUCUGAUCCUUAUGGACUGGAUCUCCAACAGUGAGGUCGCCGAUCAGGGCCACUGAUGCUCCAGCUCUUCUGCUUGAGAGACACUGAAACACAGAUUUUCUUUCAAGCUUGUUUUCUAUACUGCCAAAAUAGUGGUUUCCUAGAGAUCAUACAGUUUGUCAUUUUUGACAAAAACUGGUAAGACCUUCCUACCAGCCCGCGGUGAGAGCAUUGACCACUCUCACUGCAUGGAUUCUACCGCUUCAUAGCUCUUUCCUUUCAUGUAAAUUAUUUUCUUCAAAAGGACUGUAAAAUAUACUGGUAUUUAUAUAUAUAUAUAUUUGUUUUGAUUAAUAUAAUAAAAAGGAGCAUUUUAAUGACUUUUGACACUAAAUAAU